AUGGCCCCUAAGAAGACACGUAGUAUUCGUGAUUUAAUACCAUCCGUAAGCGCACCUCUCCCUGAUACUCCCUUACCAAAUCCUCCUAUCUCCGAAGAAUCUGGAACAGCUCCUGAUAAGCAAGGCGAGAAUGAAGUCAAUGAAGCAGGGCAAGCUCCUCCAUCGCCUCCUCCUCCAGUUAACAUGGCAGAUGUUGGACCUAGUACGCAACUCUUGUUAUCCCCAACCACUAUUCAAACUAACCUCGCAGGACCAAAUGUUCAGCCGUGGGAUGCUGCCUUUGGGUUGGUAGCACAAAUGGCGGGAAUGCUAAAACAACAACAGGAACAGUUCGCCGUUCAGUGGGACAUGUUAGCCACCUUAAAUCAGACACCCCAACAUCAACGGAACACAUCUUCACUAAGGUUUGAUCAGCCUCGUGAGGUAGAUUUGCUUGAAAGGUUUUCAAAGUUACGACCACCAGUAUUCAAGGGUACAUCUGACCCAUCAAUAGCAGAAGAUUGGUUGAAGCAGAUUGAGAAAGUACUAGAAGCCAUGAACUGCCCUGAUGAUCAGAAAGUUAGACUGGCGUCCUUUAUUCUUCAGGGCGAAGCUGAUGUAUGGUGGAGAGCUGCAAAGAGAAUGGUUCCAGCUAAUCAUGUGUGGACCUGGAAUGAAUUUCAGGAAAAGUUCCGUGAGAAACAUUUUCCUAAAGCGUACCGCAUCCAAAAAAUGGUAGAAUUUUCAAAGCUAGAACAAGGUUCCAUGUUGAUAGCCCAGUAUGAUGCAAAAAUUGCUGAAUUAGCAGGAUAUGUACCAAAAGUAAUGGAAGAUGAAGAUUAUAAGAUUACAAAAUUUGAAGAAGGGUUAAGACAUAAUAUCAGAACAAAAUUUUGUUGUGUGGAUGUGAAGAAAUACUCAAAAGUAGUCGAUAAAGCCUUACGAGCAGAACAAGAUACAGAGCGGCUUCUCAUAUCUUGUGUACAGUUAAAAGAAACAGGACAAAGAUAUAGGCCGACACUUACCCAACACCAACCACCAGAGAAGAAACCCAGAAUGGAAAUUCAAUCAUCAACACCGAGAACCCAAGAGCGAUAUUUUUCAGGAAAUUGUGCGUACUGUGGUAAGUAUGGUUACAUGGCUCAUGUGUGCAGAACUAAGAUGAGAAAUAUGGGUAUAACGCCUCUUCAACAGAUACCACCGCGAUUGCAACUUCCAGCAUCAUCUCAACCAACAAGUCAGACAUCACAAGCAUCAAAUACCCAACCGCCUCGACCACAGCAGAAUCAGCAAAAUCGACCAUCUCCAUCAAUUCCUCAAGGCCAAGGGAAUCAUCCCAACAGGCAACAACCACCACGUGCACGGGUUUAUUCCAUCUCAUCUAAGGAGAAUCUAAAAGAAAAUAAUAACGUUGUGGAAGGUAUGAUCGAAACGCAUGGUACUUCGAUUUUUGUAUUAUUUGAUUCUGGGGCUACUUUAUCUUUUAUUUCAUCGUCGUUAGUAUCUCGGUUAAGAUUGAAGUCAGAAAUCCUAGAUAAGCAAAUUUUAGUAGAAUCCCCCAUCAGCAAGUCAAUUAUUUUAGACAAAAUCUGUAAAUCUAUUCCCCUUAUGAUAGGCAAUAUUCCUAUAUUAGCCAAUUUAAUAAAAAUGAGUAUGGCGGGAUACGAUGUUAUUCUCGGAAUGGAUUGGCUUACUCGAAAUCAUGCGACGUUGGAUUGUUAUGCGAAGACAGUUACUUUUGCAGCGCCAGGAAGAGAACCAAUUAUGAUUCAGGGGAAGAAGAAGAAUGAGAAGAUCGAGCGUGUUAUGACAUUAAUUGGUAAUGAGAAACAAGAAAAAAUAGUGGAUUUGAUUCCAGUUGUGCAGGAAUAUCCUGAAGUUUUUCAAGAUAUACCAGGACUACCACCUCGGCGAGAAGUGGAUUUUGGUAUCAAUCUCUUACUAGGAUCAGCACCAAUAUCUAUGUCUCCAUAUUGA